AAGACAAUAUAGCCCUUUUAUCACUCUCUCUUGAACUGAACCAGGAUUCCAACAGUAAUGGCGACGAUGAUGCAGUGGUGUGGGGCAGUAGCGAGGAGGGUGGUAGCGACACAGUCGUCGGCAAGAAUCGGAGGCGCAGUGGCGGCAGAGGAGGCGCCAGUGGUUUGCGGGAGAGGGGAUAAGAGGACAAAGAAAGGAAAGAGAUUUAAGGGAUCGUACGGAAACUCAAGGCCAAAGAAAGAGAAAAUGAUUGAACGCAUUAAGGAUAAAGUUGAGGUUCCCAGGUCCACUCCUUGGCCUCUCCCUUUCAAGCUUAUCUAAUUAGUCAAGUAUCUUUGUUUUCAUUUGCCAUAGGCAUGAGGCAGCUCUGGGUAGUGCUGUGCUUUUAGGGUUUCACUUAUAUUGCUAUGUGUGCAUUUGAUUCUUAAAUGGGCGGGUGUCUCUAUGUUUCUCGGAGUUUAGCUGAUGCGUUUCUUUUAUGAAAUGCUUUUGCUACAAUUUAAAGAUCCAUUUUUAUGCAAGAAUUUUGGACAAGUUAGAAGGGAUUUUGAAGAUUAUUAAAUUAUGCAACAAAUGACAUGAUUUUGCAAUUCA